UCUAAUCCGAGACAAAAGCCCCUCCCAACCGCACUACAACAACGGCAAGUCCUCAUCGUUUGCAUCAUGCCUCAGACCGGUACCCUCGUCCAGGGCGAAACCUCAUCACCUUCUAUGGAUGCUGUCACGGCUAGAGUCACGGAGGUACUCGCACAGCUUCAGUCCCAAGGCACUGUCGGGGUCGAAUUGCCCGGAUUAGUCAAACUUCAUGGCAAUGAGCUGGCGCUGCCCCAUUACGAUCAUGUGGAAAGGCUGGUAGCCAAUGUUGAGUUAGCCUCCAGCUAUUCGGGCCCCAAGCAACAGACUCAGCAACAGGCCGGGAUGCCAAAACCCGGCGACACACAGCAGCAUGAUUUCUGUAUUAACAACAACACCACUCGUCAUAAAGCUAUCAACGAGAACUGCAUCGCAGGUUUGGAGGAGGCGCCGCCUGCAAUCAAAGCGCGGAUCGCAGAUAACGUGGCUGAGAAUGAGUCGAAGCAAUAUAAUCUUAUUGGGACUAGGGGAAAACUUGCCGAAUCGUCUCCCUCUACAAAGGGUCCGGUCAAGAAGGCAGGAGUAGCUGGGGCCUGGGGCUGGGUGCGAGCUCUGCUAUUUGGUGUGGAAUAGGUCUUUCCGUAAACUUUCGUGCCAUUGAAGUCUCUGGUUUGCAUAUGCAGUCAGCUUUUUCAGCUAGUGAUGU